GCUCUUCGUGCCAUGGCAUCGUCAUCCUCAAUCGCUUCGUCGUCGUCUCCGCCUCUCUCUCUCCACAACGUCUUCGUCUACGGGAGCCUCUUAGCCGACGAGGUCGUCCAUGUCCUCCUCAAUCGCCUCCCCCCUUCCUCUCACGCAUCCCUCAACGGCUACCACAGAUUUAGCAUAAAGGGACGUGUUUAUCCAGCAAUUCUACCUGUAGAAAGUAAGAAAGUUACUGGAAAGGUUCUUAUGGGAAUCACUGAUCCUGAACUAGUUGUUCUAGAUACAUUUGAAGAUGUGGAGUAUCUCCGAAGGACCGUGGAGAUCUCUUUGAUUGAUUCUUCAGAGACAUUACUUGCUGAUACAUAUGUUUGGGGUAACCAGGAUGACCCGGAUUUAUACGGUGAUUGGGACUUCGAGGAAUGGAAACGGUUGCAUAUGAAAGAUUUUCUUGCAAUGACAAAAGGUUUUAUGGAGGAACUGGAGCAACCUGAAUCGAAGACAAGAGUAGCCACGUACGAAUCCUUUUUCCAAAAGGAAAGUCGACAAAGCAUAGCUUACACAGAAGAUGUACAACAUCAAAAGGCCGCAGACCUUUGUGCGGCAUCCCAUGCUGUUGCUGGUUGAAAGAUGGCAUCGAAAAGCCGGGCUGCGAAGGCCCGUCGGUUUGAGAAAGGCACACUGAAGUAGCUGAAGAACUCGUGUCCAAGUAAUCCAUUUGAGGUGUGUUGUUUAUAUAAUUCAUAGCACAGAUUACUCCCUCUUUUUGUAUAUUAUGGUUCAACUUUGUCGGUUCAUUUGAUGUCUUCUCCAUGUUAUUUGUAUUGCAAUUUUGGGUCCUAUUUAUUAUGGAAUUUGUAAGAACACCACCAUUAUUCGUGGAAGGUGAAGUCGAACAAGAAGGAACGUCAUCAGUUAGCACGGAUCGUGGAGCACCUGCUGGAACCAAAGAACUACCAGCUGUUGAUACAAUCUUUGUCGGUGAUAAAACUUGCUCUAAGGGCUGUUGCGGAGGAAAUUUUUCGUAUGGUUGAGUAAUCAUUUGUUGCUGAGGGAGUGAAAAUGGCUGCUGGGUGUCAAGAAGUGCUUUUUGCUGUUCUUGGAUAUGAGGUAACUGAGGAAGAGGCGUUACCGGCUGCAACAACAUGGACUGCUGCUGUAACUGCAGUUUCUGCAAAAGCUGGAGCUGAAUUUGGCUGUCAGAUUGCUGCGGCAGUUGCUGAUUUGCUUGGUUGGGAGCUAUAUUUUGCUGCUGCUGAGGAUGAGGAUGAGGAUGAGGCUGAGGCUGAGGCUGAAGCAAUUGGUUCUGAACCAGUAAUUGUGGUUGUGUAAGGUUGGACUGUGUCUGGUUCAAGGGUUGUGCUUGGCUAAUUGAUUGAAAACACUGAUUAGUGCGAAUAAUAUCGGCUGAACCCAGUUGGUUCAAUGGGACGGUGGUUUUGGGCGGUUGACCGGUUUGUUGGGUAUGCUGAGGGUGUUUGGGUGCAUUGAACUGCAUAUUGUUCUGCAAACCAAAUUGUUUAGAGAUGUCAGCUGGGCUUAGAUUUUGCAUAAUGGGUCCAGCUAGGGGCCGAAGAUGGUCAGAUUGGCUCUGUUGCAUGUUCAUCCACUGAAUUAAACUAAGUCCAGGCAUUAUGGUGCUCCGAGUUUGAGGGUCCUUUAUGCAUAUCUCCUCUCCCAACCACGGCAUCGCCUUCUUGAAGAGAUUUUCCAUAUCUGAUGACUCAUCAUCUGUACAAUUAUGUCAUCAAUUUCAGCUAAAUUGCUACCAAGUAGAGCAUUAGCAAUUUAAGAAACAUAUUCAAAACUAGGGGAUGUUAGACCUGCUGGUGCAACGGUGCUUCUUUUUAGAAGGGCUA